GCUGGGGGCCCUUUCAACUGACGUGUACCGGUUAGGUGUAUGUGGCGGCGGUAGCGCUCAGCGGUGCGGUUUGGGUUAGCAGUGCACAUACGGAUUUUUCUGUUUAUCAGGGUCUUAGGGACCCACGACAUUGUUAGCCAAACAUGUUCGGCAUGCUAGAUGACCUCAAACGCAUGAAUAAGCGGCAGCUUGUAUACCAAUUUUUAAACUUUGGUAUGAUCGUGUCGUCGGCCCUGAUGAUAUGGAAAGGUCUCAUGGUCGUCACCGGCAGCGGCAGCCCCAUCGUAGUCGUGCUCAGUGGGAGCAUGGAGCCAGCAUUCCACCGCGGAGACCUGCUCUUCCUGACAAAUUACAAAGAAGAUCCCAUCCGCGUGGGCGACAUCGUAGUCUUCAAAGUGGAGGGCCGUGACAUCCCAAUUGUUCACAGGGUGCUCAAGCUGCACGAAAAGGCCGAUGGGUCCGUGAAGAUUCUCACCAAGGGCGACAACAACUCUGUUGACGACCGAGGCUUAUAUGCUCCUGGCCAGAUGUGGCUCGACAAAAAAGACAUUGUCGGCCGGGCAAGGGGGUUCGUCCCAUACGUCGGUAUUGUUACGAUAUUAAUGAACGACUAUCCAAAGUUUAAGUUCCUUGUGCUAGGAUGUCUCGGAUUAUUUGUGUUGGUUCAUCGGGAAUAGGACUGGCUGCGUUGUGACGCUCACUGCCGCCGACAUCAACUGUUGUGGAACUGCGCAGUGUUGUGGAACUGUGCAAGUUGAUAGCGAGGGACUUUCUUCAUCCUCGCUGAAUGCCCGCAUGCUGAUUUAGUGGCUGCAUGCCAUGCAUUUUGUUUCGUUUUCAUUCUGUCCAAGAUGGAGGAAAAGUUUUGUCAAGGUGUUCACGCUGCGGGCACCUUUGUAUGCGUGUUAUACAACCCAAAAUCAGGCAAUGUUCACUAUUGGAACAAAAACAAGGCAAAAGACAUACCAUACUUAUCUAUGUUAUAAAUAUAUGUCAUCACAUCGCAUCUUUGUAUGGGUGGUUGGAGCACAUGGAACUGAAAUAAACGUAACUGUGUUUUUUCUU